GAGCAUUUUUACAAACUAAAACAUUGCAGCAAUGGCUUCCAUUCACAUUCACAUUGUCACCAUACUUCUUCUCUUUGCCACUACAUGUCAUGCUGUUGAUUCCGAGGAUGUUUCAUUGCAUGACUUUCGUGUUCCUGACGUUGUAGUUGCUGCAGAUGGAACCGGAAACUUUACAAGAGUGAUUGAUGCGCUACUGUCAGCACCUAUUCGCAGCAAGAUACGUUACGUCAUACACGUCAAGAAGGGGAUUUAUAAUGAACAUGUUAUUGUUCUUGAAGAAAAAUGGAACAUCGUUAUGGUUGGCGAUGGCAUGGAUGCCACAAUUAUCACUGGUAGUUUGAGUGUGAAGCAUGACCACUUGAGCACCCCCGAAACAGCUACCUUUACUGUUUCAGGCAAUGGAUUUAUUGCACAAGAUAUGUCAUUUGAGAACACUGCAGGGGCUCUAAACGGCCAAGCUGUGGCAUUAUAUUCAACCUCAGACAAAUCUGUCUUUUAUCGAUGUGGAAUUUCCGGCUACCAAGACAGUUUGUUAGCUGACUCCGGUCGUCAAUACUAUAGGGAAUGUAGAAUCCGCGGAAGUGCGGAUUAUAUAUUUGGGAGAGCCGCCGUGGUGUUUCAAUACUGUCAAAUAUUGGUUAAAAAAGGGUCAACCAACCAAAAUCCCAUCACGGCCCAGGGUGGACCACACGAUAAGCAAACUACUUUUGGUUUCACAUUCCAGUUUUGCAACAUCUCGGCCGAUUUGGAUCUUAUUCCCUUCCUUAACUCGACUCGUAGUUAUCUCGGACGACCAUGGAUGAAUUACUCCAAAGUCAUCUUUAUGGAAUGUCACAUAAGUGAGGUGAUAGAUGGUGAGGGAUGGCUCAAGUGGGGUGGCACCGACCAAGCACAAGAUACACUUUACUAUGCUGAAUAUAAAAAUUAUGGCUUAGGAGCCGGAGUAAAGAAUCGAGUUAAAUGGCCAGGGUACCAUGCUCUUAUUUAUCCUAAACAGGCUUUAAACUUCACGGUUGCUCAUUUGAUUUCUGGAUAUUAUUGGUUACCAUCCACCGGUGUACCUUUUACUCCUUACUUUGGAAGUGGAAAAUGAGAAGCGGUUGCAGAAAAACAUAACUAUAUCUAUGUAGUAUUUCCUUUCAUUAAUUAGGUUCUAGUUCAUCAUUUAUAGUACAAGUGUUAAAGUUUGAAGAUUAAUUAUGCAAUUACAAUUGCUAUAUAGUUUAAGUAUUAGAGUUU